AUGGAUACACUUGUCAAUGUCAGAGUGGUUGGGAAGGUGACCAAUGUGAUUCAGGGUUUUAUUGCAGAAGCGAUCCUUGUCAGAAUGGGGCUACCUGUGCUGACACUCAGUCAGGUUAUCAAUGCUACUGUCUUACAGGAUACAGAUGAAUGUCAGAGUGACCCAUGUCAAAAUGGAGGAACCUGCUUUGAUGAAGUGAACGGAUAUCAGUGUGAAUGUGCAGAUGGAUAUGAAGGAGACAAUUGUGAUUCUGAUAUAGAUGAAUGUCACAGUGACCCAUGUCACAAUGGAGGAACCUGCUUUGAUGAAGUGAACGGGUAUCAGUGUGAAUGUGCAGAUGGAUGGGAAGGAGACAAUUGUGAUUCAGGGUACUACUGCUCUAGUGGCCCAUGUCAAAAUGGUGCAAGUUGCAGGGACGUGUCAUUGGGUUAUGAAUGUAACUGCUUACCUGGAUAUUUGGGAACAAAUUGUGAAACAGAAAUAGAUGAAUGUCUCAGUGACCCUUGUCGUAACGGAGGGACAUGUGUUGACGACAUAAAUGGAUACACUUGUCAAUGUCAGAGUGGUUGGGAAGGUGACCAAUGUGAUUCAGAUACAGAUGAAUGUCAGAGUGACCCAUGUCAAAAUGGAGGAACCUGCUUUGAUGAAGUGAACGGAUAUCAGUGUGAAUGUGCAGAUGCAUAUGAAGGAGACAAUUGUGAUUCUGAUAUAGAUGAAUGUCACAGUGACCCAUGUCACAAUGGAGGAACCUGCUUUGAUGAAGUGAACGGGUAUCAGUGUGAAUGUGCAGAUGGAUGGGAAGGAGACAAUUGUGAUUCAGGGUACUACUGCUCUAGUGGCCCAUGUCAAAAUGGUGCAAGUUGCAGGGACGUGUCAUUGGGUUAUGAAUGUAACUGCUUAACUGGAUAUUCGGGAACAAAUUGUGAAACAGAAAUAGAUGAAUGUCUCAGUGACCCUUGUCGUAACGGAGGGACAUGUGUUGACGACAUAAAUGGAUACACUUGUCAAUGUCAGAGUGGUUGGGAAGGUGACCAAUGUGAUUCAGAUACAGAUGAAUGUCAGAGUGACCCAUGUCAAAAUGAAGGAACCUGCUUUGAUGAAGUGAACGGAUAUCAGUGUGAAUGUGCAGAUGGAUAUGAAGGAGACAAUUGUGAUUCUGAUAUAGAUGAAUGUCACAGUGACCCAUGUCACAAUGGAGGAACCUGCUUUGAUGAAGUGAACGGGUAUCAGUGUGAAUGUGCAGAUGGAUGGGAAGGAGACAAUUGUGAUUCAGGGUACUACUGCUCUAGUGGUCCAUGUCAAAAUGGUGCAAGUUGCAGGGACGUGUCACCGGGUUAUGAAUGUAACUGCUUACCUGGCUAUACGGGAAUAAAUUGUGAAACAG